AUACUUUGUUUCUGUACGGGAUAUUUAUGUUGUAGAUUUUUCUUGUUUUUUUUUUUUUUUUUUUGGUACUACAUCUUUCAAACACAAAGCUUAUGAAUCAAUCAAUCAAAAGUACAUGAACUGACGCUUUAUUUCAUUUAUUCAGGAAUAAUUUCCACUCAUAGUUCUGUUGAGUAAUGGCACGAGAACUUCCUUCGAACGGUGUCCAACAUGCGCACCAGCCAAAGUUCACUCGGUGCCAUAAAGUAUCCACGAUAAUGACAUACACACCCUGCGGAAUAAUACUCCGCCGCAUCAUGUGCUCGUCAUUUCAUGUGGACAAAUCAUUACACCUACGUUCAAAACAAAUACUGUACGUUUCACGGUACGGCAAACGACUCUCAAAAUGCCGCAGAGUUUAACCGACGUUCUGCAGCAGUGGCAAUGCCUGGAAGAAGAGUAUCAGCGUGCUCAGGAGACGUACAGGACGUACCUGCAAAAAGUGGAGGAAAUCUCCAAACUGCAGGAGAGCUGCACUUCCUCCAUUUACCGCCAACAAAAGGGACUCAAGGAGAUCUCCUCGCUGGUGAAAAAGUGCAGCAAAGGACCGUCGGAAGCGGACGCCCUCGAUGAAAUAAAAGAGAAAAUAAAGAUGCAAAGCAACGCUUUUUAUGAAAUGGAAGCCUUCCUCCCCAGGAAAAACGGGCCGUACCUCCGUCUAGUUCUCGGGAACGUGAAUGUCACCCUGCUCAGCAAACAGUUAAAAUUUGCCUACAAAGAUGAAUACGAGAAGUUCAAGCUGUACCUCACUGCCGUGCUGCUGCUGUUUUCCUUCACGUGCUAUUUCUUCGUCAGCUACAGAUUUCUCGAUCCCGUCCUCAACUUCCUGCUGGUGUGGUAUUACUGCACGUUAACAAUCAGGGAAAGUAUCCUCAUCACCAAUGGCUCCAGAAUCAAAGGGUGGUGGGUUUCCCAUCAUUACGUCUCAGCUUUUUUGUCCGCUGUAAUGCUGACAUGGCCAGACGGCAACCUGUACAAGACAUUCAGGAACCAGUUCCUAGCGUACUCCCUCUACCAAAGUUUUGUCCAAUGUCUGCAGUGUUACUAUCAGAGCGGAUGUCUCUACAGACUCAGAGCCCUGGGAGAAAGACACAACAUGGAUCUGACCGUCGAGGGAUUUCAGUCCUGGAUGUGGAAAGGGCUGACGUUUCUUUUGCCCUUCCUGUUUUUCGGUCACUUCUGGCAGCUCUUCAAUAGUCUCUCUCUCUUCAGAAUGGCUCAGCUCCCAGAGUGCAAAGAAUGGCAGGUUAGCGCUCGCUCGCAAAGUGCAGUUUUUACUCCCUCUUAUUGCUUCGUUUCCGCGUUCGACAUCGACAUUCAUUCAUUCAGAGACGUCUUAUUAGCUGCCCCAAAAAUGGGCAAACCUUUGGAGUUUAUCUUAUGUCAAAAUGUACGUACUUUGGUUUACUUUUCAAGACAAAAAGCUUGUUCCUGGUUGAACCAGAAUGUUUCAGAAAACCAUCCACCCAUUUUCUUGUGCCGCUUAUCCUCGCGGGGGUCGUGGAGAGUUCUGGAGCCUAUCCCAGCUGUCAACGGGCAGGAGGCGGGGGUACACCCUGAACUGGUUGCCAGCCAAAACCUUUUACUCUCUUAACCAGUACGCGGAGUUGGACCCAAAUACACGACACGGAAAUAUCUUUAUUCAGUCCAGAGGCGGUAACCAGGCGGGCAGUUCCACGAGAGCAGCAGCGAUAAUGACGUCAGGUUUACGGGGUAGGUCGGGGGACAGGCAGGGGGUCGGUACGCUGGGAGUCGAGAUCAGAAUCGAGGAAGUGCGGGAACGAGGGAUCGAUGGCAACGAUCUGGCAAAGCCAGACCGUCCGCUGGGUCCUGUAAGUGCUGCAGGUAAUUAGUGGGGAUGAGGCGCAAGUGUGCAACAGCCAAGGCUAGGACCGGCAGGAUCAUGACAUUGACGGUAAUUUCCGGACUAUAAGCCGCAACUUUUGUCACACGCUUUCAACUCUGCGGCUUAUACAAUGACGUGGCUAAUAUGCAUUUUUUUUCUAACAACCACUAGGGGCGCUCAAGCAGAAAAGGUAAGAGUGAGACAGGUGGAAUAUAUGUGUCGAGGAAGACGCAAGUUUAAUGUAACGUUGCGCUUUGCGGGUGAAUAAAAUUAGCAUGAACAAACCCUCGUCACGGAAAAUGCAGUAAGAAAUGCAUAUGACGCAGCUUUCAAGUGCAAAUCGAGCUGGUCGAUCAAGGUAAUGAAAGCAGGUGGCCUGAACCGUGUUACUGCUGUGUUACUGCCGCGUCUCAGUGACUUUUACCGGCAUGUUUUUUUUUUUUUUUUUUUUACCUCAAGUAAGUAAGUACUUCAUGUUUCAAUGUGGGCACAUGCGGCUUAUACACGGGUGCGGCUUACGUACUGUAUGUACAAAAUGUUUUUUCCUUUAAAAAUGUACUGGGUGAGGCUUAUAAUCAGGCGCGUUUUGUAGUCCAGAAUUAGGGUAAUCUCGUGGUAAAGUUAAGUUAUACUGUAAAUAUCUACACGGGUCUCAGUUAUCCGUGUAUCAGAAUGUAAAAAUCAUAUUCUGUGACAGGUUUUGGUGUGCAGCCUCUGCUUCUUUGUUCUGUUCUUGGGAAACUUCUUCACGACGCUUGCUGUGAUCCAUCAGAAGCUUAAACAGAAGAAUCAGAAAACGAAGAUUCUGUGACACAAAAAGUAUCAGUAGCAGAUCAAGUAAUUUAGUAGUAUAAUUAAUAGAACUGAAAGUCAUAUGCCGUCAAAUGAUAGUGUAUUAGAAAGCUUAGUAUGUUUUUGAGAGCAGCGUUUGAGACUUGCCAUUUAUGUAAUGAUAUAGUUAUUACAUCUUUGUUUUAAAAAUUUUUCAAGGUUAAUGUACGACAUGUAUUAGUCUGGACUGCACUUCAAUUUGUUUUGCUGUGUUUGGUGACUAAAUAAGAUACACACGACA